AAAUGCUCGAGAAGUAUCAUUUCGUUCGAUUGUAUGCACUUGAACGAUCCUCGGUCCUAACAAUGAUCUCCAAAGAGAGAGAUUGAUUAAUUACGAUUCCCUGGCGGCAGUGGUGCUCGCGCAGCGAGAGAGACUCGAUGCUUCGUAGAGAGCGGAAUACGAAACAGCUGAAAGAAAAAAAUGGGAGCAGCAAGAAGGAAACGCGAGAGAGUUAAGUGAAAGAAGCGGCAGAUAAGGAGACCUCGUGUAUUUCUUGUGUAAAAGGGGAGUAAUGCGUCGAGCAACAUCGUCAGUCGAUGAAUGUUCGUUGCGACAGCUGGACUAGAAGAGACUCGAUGACGCGAUCUGUUCUUGUACCAAGAAGAAUCGUGCGAGCAUCGCAGAAAAUUACACACAAUUACUCGCGAGGAUCGAUUUUUCCACGAAGGAAGUGUGCCUGUUCGUUUCGGAAUUUGAUAAAACAAUACACGGCGAAUAAUUUCGUUUCUUUCUGUAUUUUUUUCUUUUUAAAUGAGGAAUUGUAGUUACUAUUUUGGGCAGAUGUUUCGCAAACAGCUAAAGAAGAUGGUGUGAUCAAUUGAAUUAAGAUCGGAUGAGAAAGUGGCGAAGGUUUUAGAAUUAAUAUAAGGUUCAGGAUGUUAUCGCUUCUUCGGCAGUGAAAGCAUGAAACAGUGAAAUAGUGUUGGAGAGCGACUGGAAUUUGAACUGAAUGCGACCUUUUGUGAAGCGUUAUCGAUAACGAUUUGAAAAAAAAAGAAGGAGGAAGUUGGAAAUUUGAAUUCAGAUAGCUCUGAAAAUUAUACAGCAGCUAUCUAUUCAAUCGAUUCAACAGCGCGAAAGCAACAUCGACGAAUGAGCUGCCGUCAAGAUAUUGAUUAAACUUAAAAUGCUAAUUCUAAAUUUCAAGAAGUAACAACUUCGAAAAUCAAAGAAAUGAAUCGAACGAAUUAAUUUGGGAUAUUUAAUCUUGAACUUUGGAAACAGCAACAGCAAAAAUUAAUGAUGAAUAAAAUAAAAUUAAAGAUUAUUGGAAAUAAUUUCGAAUUUUGAAUUUUUGAAUUUCGAAGAUGGCAACAUUAAACAUUCAAGAUAAUUCAAACACAAUUCGUCGAUAGUUCUCAAGAUUUUGAACGAUUUUCAAGAUUAUCAAGACGUUUCUAACGAAACUAUGGAAAAAGCGUAUCGUGUCGCAGGAUACUGAUCUAUUUCGUAGAAAGCAGUGAAAAUCAAUUAUUUCCAAUGAGACAAGGUCGAAGUUCAUCAGAACUCCGAUACUAAUUCGUGGUUGUCGCAACAAGUUGGAAAGUUCGUGGCCAACGAAAAACAAAGGGGCUGCACGAGGAAGCUCUUUGCUCGAGGUCAACGCUUGAAGGAUCUCCCCUAUUCUCGUUUUUUGGACGUCGCCACAAAGAUGGCAAGAAAAUCAACGAACGUUAUGGAUAGAACGAGUUAACGAAGUUGCUAACUAACGAGCAAAAAGAAGAGAAUGCGGAGAGACAGAGAAAGAAAGAUAUAUACAUAGACAGAUAAAGAGAGAAAGAGAGAGAGAGAGAGAGAGAAAGAAUUGUAUUCGAAUGGUUGGCUCGGUUACGAAGCCCUCGCGCGCUUAAUCGUUCUAGACAUUGUCGACACAGUCGUCGAAGUAACGAUUGCAUCGUCGAACGUAUAUGCAAAUCCAGAGUAGUGCUCGUGCGUCGUUCGAACAAUAAGAAAUGCGGUGGCUAAUCUGUUCGUCGGAUUUUCAGACUUCAUUUCCUGCAUCGUCGUUGAAUAAGAGGAUUUUCGUUGGUGGAAAUGUGAUGCUAGUAUGUUUCGAUUAAACGAAAUCAAUUGCGUGAAUUUUCUUUCUUCAAUUAGUUUAUCUCUAGAAGGAUUAAAUGUCGUAACAAAGGAAAGUUUUAAGUUGUGGAAAGUAACAGUGUGUUAUCAGAAAAGAUUCUUCGGUAUCGUUGUAAAUGAGAUUAGACAAGAAACUUGUCGUUGCUGUGUUUGACGAGGCACGUUUGAUAGAGCUGACGGAAGUUCUUCGGUGGUAAACAUUCACGUAUUUUAAAUGGAAUUUUGUAUAAAAGUUGGAGAAGCAAUUUGAUUAUGAAUUUUAAAGGGAAGGAAAUCGAAACUUUGUGAUUUUAUACGAAGAUACGAUGAAUAGUAUUGACAAUAAAACUGUGUUCACUACGUUUUGCAUUUUGCUUCUCGAGAACAUGUGAGAACGAAGCAGUGCAUAAAGACGAUACAAAAUGGGUGAUUCUGUAACAAACGGCACAAUUUUCGAUCUCGACUCCGGAGAUGAAAGUCUCAAGCAUUUCCCACGACCAGUUACUAUCGCAGCUGCGGUUUGUGCGAUAAUUUUCAGCAUCGUCGGAGUUGCGGGUAAUUUGGUAACAGUGAUAGCACUGUUAAGAUAUACAAGACUGAGGCGACACGCUACGACCGCUUUCGUGAUAAGUCUCAGUAUUUCGGACUUGAUUUUCUCCGCGGUAAAUUUACCGCUAACAGCGAGCAGAUAUUUAAACGAGGCGUGGGUGCUGGGCGAAACACUGUGCAAAAUAUUCCCCCUUUUCUUUUAUGGAAAUGUAGCAGUGUCUCUGCUCAGCAUGGUGGCAAUCACGAUCAAUCGAUAUAUAUUAAUCUCAAGAUCAGAGAUAUACGCGCAAUUAUACACCACGCAACGAAUCAUUCUGAUGCUGAUCGCCAUCUGGACAUUGAGUUUCUCUUUGCUUUUGCCACCGUUGCUUGGCUUUUGGGGAACACUGGGCCUAGAACCAUCCACGUUCUCCUGCACAAUUCUGAAGAAGAACGGCGCAAGCCCGAAGAAAUUUUUAUUCGUUCUUGGAUUCGUGGUGCCUUGCGUAGUUAUAAGCGUGUCUUACCUUUGUAUUUAUUGGCGCGUGAGGAAGAGCAGGAAAAAUCUGGAGGCUCACGCGGGCGCGUCCAGAAGGAAAUCUGGUGGAUUUCAACGAAGAGAGGACUCCAGAGUGACCAGACUGAUGUUGACGAUAUUCUUGUGCUUCCUCCUAUGUUUCAUGCCGCUGAUGCUGGUGAACGUGAUCGACGACAAGAUAAAAAUCCCAAUUUUGCACGUGAUAGCGUCCGUGUUAGCGUGGGCCUCCUCUGUAAUUAAUCCUUUCAUCUAUGCUGGCACUAACAAGCUUUACAGAGAAGCGUACAAACAGGUUUUGUGCCCAGUUUCUAGCAAAUUGCCGACAACUGGACCGAAACCCACGCACUCGCAUUCGAGUAAAGUGUCGUCGCCACAAGUGACUUGAAGACUGAUGAAUUUUACGCGGAUCGACGGAUACAUUGUUAUUUAGAAGCUUGUUGUUGUCUGUCCGAUGUAAAGUUAGUGUACGAAAGUCUGUAUAUAUACCUGUAAAUUUCAGAUAUUUCCUCUAAAACUAGGAAACAGUACAUUAAAUUGUAGAGAACGUACUCUUAUUAGUAUUAUAAUUAUAAUAAGUUCUAUUGACUUUUAUGACAAUAUACGACAAGAUCGUAUUUUAGAAUAUAAUCUAAUUUUAAGCAUUAAAUUAAUGAAAAUCCAUAAAAUAUCUACAGCUGUUCCGUUUUUCUGUUUAAAAUAAAUUUGAAAUUCAACAGAUGUAUUUAGAUUUCUGUGACUGACUUAUAAUACUUGAUUAAUGAUGAAUAUUAUACGAUUAGAAUAUAGUGAAAAUUGUUGGAAAUUUACAUGAUAAAAAUAUCAGAGGUAUUUUUGUAUUAUUUAAAAUAAGAAUGUUGAGAACGAAAGAAAUGUAGGAACUUCGAAAAUUUUAUGAAAGAUGAAAAAUAAUAUAGUAAAGAGCUGAUGAAUAAUAGAGUAAAUAGUUCUACCAAAGUUGUAUAUUUUAUUAAAGAAAAAUAGUUUAUGUUUCAAUUGUGUAUUGUGAAAGCUGCUCUCGAUUAAUUUAUAAUUUUCUAAAGAAAUACGAACGAGUAACUAAAUAUAUGUAAUUAUUAUAAAUAAUUUUAAUCUUUGUUCGCGGGGCAUUUAUUAGAAUAAUUUUCGUAAGUUGAUUUUGUACUGCGAUUAUUAAUAUUAAUAUUAAUUAUUCCUUUUUAGAAGAAAAAAAAUAUAAAGAUUGGGAGGUAUCAUACAAGUAUUAUACUUGUUAGAUAAAAUGUUAAAUUAAUUAGUAUGACAAUGUUAUAUAACUUACGAGAUUGCUACGUGAUGCUGACAUGUACAAAGAAUAAAUUCUCACAACAAUAAUUUGUGUAAAUAUACUAUAGAAAAUCAAUUAUGACAAAUAAUAAUAUUAUUUAGAGUUAAAUAUGUUACGUGCCGUAUUUUUUAGUUAUAAUUUCUUUCUGCAAAGUCUGAUUUACGAAAUAAAGCAACGUUUAUUUAUUUUGAAGAUAAUAUUAGUUUAAGUAAUACAGAUGAAAUUUCUGUUGCAUUUCUUUUUACUUCACUUUUAAAAUUUAAAGUUAAAAAUUUCGUAAGAUUUAAAUUUAAAAUUCGAAUUCAAA